AUGGAAAACGUGUCCGCCAUCUUCUCGCCGCCGCUGUGCGACGACUCAGUUGACUUCUACACUCUCUCCUCAGGUAACCUCACCAACCUGAACUGCACCCCUCCGUCCGAGUUCUACUUCUAUGCUGACCUCUACGUCAUCUUGCCCAUCAUCUACUCGGUCAUCUGCGCCGUAGGCCUGACUGGCAACACUGCCGUCAUCUACGUGAUUCUCAAAGCGCCCAAGAUGAAAACAGUCACCAACAUGUUCAUCCUCAACCUAGCCAUCGCCGAUGACUUGUUCACGUUGGUCCUCCCCAUCAACAUUGGCGAGCACCUCCUGCACUCCUGGCCAUUUGGAGAGGUUUUGUGCAAAAUCAUUCUCAGCAUCGACCACUAUAACAUCUUCUCCAGCAUCUACUUCCUGACUGUGAUGAGCGUGGACCGCUACCUGGUGGUCCUUGCCACAGUGAGGUCCAAGCGCAUGCCUUACCGCACCUACCGGGCCGCCAAAAUCAUCUCUUUGUGCGUGUGGCUUUUAGUCAUCCUCAUCGUGAUGCCAUUCAGCAUUUUUGCCGGUGUCUACAUCGAACCCAACGACGGGAGGAAGAGCUGCGUGCUCAGUUUCCCUGCGCCAGAGAGCUUGUGGUUCAAAGCCAGUCGCAUCUACACCCUCUUGCUGGGCUUUGCCAUUCCGGUCUCCACCAUUUGCAUCUUGUACACCAUGAUGCUCUACAAGCUGAGGAACAUGCACCUCAAUAGCAACGCCAAGGCGCUGGACAAAGCCAAGAAGAAGGUCACCAUCAUGGUUUUCAUCGUUUUGGCUGUCUGCUUGUUCUGCUGGACACCGUUCCACCUCAGCACCAUUGUAGCCCUAACCACCGACCUGAGGACCACACCCUUGCUCAUUGGAAUCUCCUAUUUCAUCACCAGUCUUAGCUAUGCCAACUCCUGCCUCAACCCAUUUCUCUACGCGUUUCUAGAUGAUAGUUUCAGGAAGGCCUUUAAAAAAAUGCUGGAAUGUAGACCUGCCUGA